GGAAGGUGGCCCAGGGUCCUGGGGAUGCGACCUCUCAGCCAAAGAAGGGAUUGAGCUGUCCCACCUGGGCAGACCCCGGCACCCGCAGGUCAGAGCCCCCGACAUCCGGCCCCCUGGGGCCAUGGCGCUGUGCCUGAAACAAGUGUUCUCCAAGGACAAGACGUUCCGGCCUCGGAAGCGCUUUGAGCCCGGCACCCAGCGCUUCGAGCUGUACAAGAAGGCGCAGGCCUCGCUCAAGUCCGGCCUGGACCUGCGCAGCGUGGUGAGGCUGCCGCCGGGCGAGAGCAUCGAUGACUGGAUUGCAGUGCACGUGGUGGACUUCUUCAACCGCAUCAACCUCAUCUACGGCACCAUGGCUGAGCGCUGCAGCGAGGCCAGCUGCCCGGUCAUGGCCGGCGGGCCCCGCUACGAGUACCGCUGGCAGGACGAGCGCCAGUACCGGCGGCCGGCCAAGCUCUCGGCACCGCGUUACAUCGCGCUGCUCAUGGAUUGGAUCGAGGGCCUCAUCAACGACGAGGAUGUCUUCCCCACGCGCGUUGGAGUUCCCUUCCCUAAGAACUUCCAGCAAGUCUGCACCAAGAUCCUGACCCGCCUCUUCCGAGUCUUUGUCCAUGUUUACAUCCACCACUUCGACAGCAUCCUCAGCAUGGGGGCCGAGGCGCACGUCAACACCUGCUACAAGCACUUCUACUACUUCAUUCAGGAGUUCAGCCUGGUGGACCAGCGGGAGCUGGAGCCACUGAGGGAGAUGACAGAGAGGAUCUGCCACUGAGCCCAGGCCUGGACAUUGUUGCCUGACAGGCAGGGGCAGGGGACCCCAAGAAGUCUGGUGUUAGAGAAGCCUGGAGACCCUGAGACUCCCUGCACACACCACAACCAAAGCCCCGGGACUUCUGCCCACAUGUCCCUCUCACUGCUUGUGAAUGGACGAGGAGGAAGGUUGCAAGGUGGCAAAAGAGAAGGAAAGGAGGAGUGAAACCUCUGGCGAUGAAGUCACUAGUGGGGUAGACCAGAGGGUUUCUUCCCUAAUACUUGGCCUCCUCAUGGUGAUUCCCAAGCCUGUUUAGGGCAUGUGGAUGUGACUAAGGUGAUGGUAAGAAAGAUGCAAGAGAGUGAGUGGCCUGUGUGAAUAAGCACAGAUAACAAUGAAUGAGUGAGUGUGUGUGUGUGUGUGUGUGUGUGUGUGUGUGUGUGUGUGCACGCGCGCAUGCGUGUGUGUAUGUGUGACUUUGACUGUGGGAGGUGUCUGCACACCUGGCACACAGUACACCCUCCAUAAAUGAAUGACUGAAUGAAAAUACUGGGGUCAUCGGACCAAAACCACUCCAGCAGCAUGGUGGGUCAGUAGCCCUGCUCCACAUAGCUCACCACGUUAGCACAUACUCAAAAUGUGGUUCUAGGAUCAUCUCUGCCUUUGAAUUUUCCGGGCUGCAUGUCUUGGGGAGCUGGGGGCAGGUAGAGCCUUGCCCUGAGUGUCUAACCUGCUGGCCACUGUGAACACAGGUUCUGAUUUUCCCAGCCAGAGAGGUUCACAAGCUUUCAUUUCACCCAUCCUUUUGCCUCUAGGGACUCCUGAUUAUAACUCCUGGGGACUGGGGGUGCUCUCUCAGUUUCACAAAGGUCCCCUGGCCCUUAAAUUGGAAAUCAUAUACUUCAAUGUAGUUCCCAGAAUCUUGAGACUUGGCUGCCAAGAUUUGAAGCCCAAGACAAACAUCCUCCAGCCCAAGUUGCCAGUGGAACUUGGAUGAGAAAACUCCAGAGUCUCGUCUCCCAUACCAGGACAUAGUAGCUGGUGAAUGGAUUCUUCCAGACACAGGGAAUCUGCAAGUAGCUGCCUGCUUCCUAACCAUCCCUGAGACAUUCCAGCUGCCUGGAGCUUAGAGCACAGACAUCCACAUUGCAAGAGGCUGGGUGUUCAUUCAGAGCUCUAUUACUUUUGCCCUCAUGCCUGGAGCCAUGGGAAAGCAAGGCAAGAAUGUGACUUUACCAUACCCAAAUGGCCAUGCUGGAAGACCAGGAUGAAGAGAGAGCCAGAAGGAACCUGAGAGUCAUCCAGGCUCACCGUGUCAGUGUCCCUGGAAGAAACUCUUGAUACCUGGAGGAAAGAGCGAAGAGAUGGUCCAAGACCUCCUAGGGAGGCCUUCGUGGAAUUAACCUGGAAACCAGGACUCUUUACUCUCGGCCAGGGCUCGUCAAUUGCUAAAUAGGAACUAUGAGGUGCACGUGCAAAGAGGGUUUGCCAACCUAUUUUUCAGGACCUACUGUUCCUGCUUUGAGCAAAGAUUUCUAGCCUGAUACCGGAGUGUCCCACCAUUCCUCAGGCUGGGCUUGUCUGCUGAGCCAAGCCUCCACAUUCAUCACCCCACAGCUGCCUGCCCACUAAGGAAACGGAUGGAACUCCUAGGAUCAGCCAGCUGGACCUGUGACUGUUGCCUCCUGAGAAAUUCCCAAGGGAACUGUGCUGGCCUAGCAGCUUUGCCAGAGGCUCCGGGGAGAGGGCCAGAGCUUCCUGUCCUCAGGCUGGGCUGUGGCUUGGAAGAUGGAUUCUAGGCUGUGGCCAGGGCUGAUUGUGGGGAAGGGGUAGGGAAAUCUAUUUUUGUGAAACAGAGGGAAGACUUUAUUGUUGUUAUUUUUGGUAAAAUAAAGGAGGCCAACUAAA